UAUUUAUAGUACAUAUACAUGUACGUCACUGAUCACCCGAUCACUUACAUAUAUAUAUUACUACCUAUGUGUACAUACCGCCUUAUAUUUCUGACGUUUUGUCAUUACAUUUUCAGUUCUCGAACAAGUCAGACCAAGUAAAAAUUAAUCUAAUACCUAUUGUACUUUAUUUCUAUUAUAAGUUUAGUUUUCAAAUAAAGUGAAUUAAGCACAAUUGUUUAUGAUUAUUUCAAGAUAUAAUAAAAUGGCGACGAGAAAAUAAAAAUAAUUUGCAAAAAAAAAACAAAGUAAAUUCUAACAAAAAAAAAUCCAACUCGUUAAAAUGGCUGAUGCGCAAAUUGAAAAACUCGUGAGACUUGUUGCUGAUUUGUACACGCUCCAAGCAAACGCCACAAUGAAUCAUUCGAGGAGUAUAUAGAUCGUUUUAAAUUGCAACUAAAACUUUGUAACAUUCCAGAAGCAAAUAGAGCACCCCAACUUCGAGUGCACAUGGGUGCAAAUUUAAAUUCAACCUUGAGGAAUUUAUGCUAUCCUGAAGACGUAAGUAGCCUCAGCUUCGACAAGAUUGUAGAAAUUCUUAGUGCUCAUUUCAUGGCAACAAAAAAUAAAUUCAGUGAAGCAAUUCGAUUUCGAGGUAUUUUGCAAAAUCCAGAGGAAUCGAUUUCGGCUUUUGAAGAGCGUCUGAGAGCAGGUGCAAGGUUUUGCGAAUUCAGCACAUUCCUCGAUUAUUCUCUAAUUGUCCAAUUCAUUCAUGGUGUUAGUCGGGAUGAUAUUCGUGAUGCUAUAAUAGCGAAGAAACCUGAAAAAUUCGUCGAUGCAGUCAAAAUAGCAGCUUCGCUCGAGGCAACAAGACAUGCAUCAAAUUCGAUUAAAGCUAAUCCCAGUUCUACGAGUGCUUCUUCAGCUUCCAUUCACCAAUUCGUACAUGACUCUCGUCCUCGCAUCAAAAAAUCAUCUGGGUCUCGAUCUCGCUCUCAGCAAAACCGAGACAAAUCUCAAAGUUCCAAAACACCACCAAAAUACAAAUGCUUCGGUUGCGGAGGAAAUCAUUGGCGUCAAGACUGCAAGUUCAAAAACGCUGUAUGUCGUCUUUGUAAGAGUAAAGGUCACAUUGCAGCCGUAUGUCGCCAAAGUAAAGCGCAGAAAAAUAAUAACACAACUAACACAAAUACCAGCAAUGGAACUACUGCAACUACUAGCAGUUCAGAUGGAAAUUCAAUUAAUUUUCUGCAAGACGAUGCAAUAAAUAAAAUCAGCGAGAGGGUUCCACCAAUUAUGGUAGAUGUUCGCAUCAACAAUAAGCCGCUUAAGAUGGAGCUAGACACAGCUGGAGCAAGUUCAAUGGUCAGUAUUGACACUUUUAAAACUUUACUGCCAUUGCAAAAGCUCACUCCUUCUGAAAGAACAUUUUGCAGCUUCACAAAAAACAAAUUCAAGUGCCAGUGCACACAAGUAAACGUCACAUUCGAAGGACGAUCUAAAGUACUUACCCUGUACGUUACAGAUUUUCCAUCCGACAACAUAUUUGGUCGCGAAUGGAUAGUACAUUUUUCCGAUUUAAUUUCUUUCGAAAAAUAUUUCAAACAAUUAUCCACAAUCUCCGUUAGUAAAAUUUCAACAAUUUCUGAUAAUACAAAUUCAAUAGAAAAACUGCUAAUUAAAUACGAAGACUUAUUUAGUGAAACUGCAGGUACCAUGACGGGACCACCAGUUGACGUUCACUUCAAAACCGACGUGCAGCCAGUUUUUGCAAGAGCCCGACCUAUUCCAUAUUCGCUUCUUAAUACUUAUUCUUCAGAAAUAGAUAAAAAACUUCAAUCCGGAUUCUACAAGAAAGUCACUCAUUCCCGAUGGGCAUCGCCAACUCAUGUUGUAGUCAAGGGAAAUAAAAUACGUAUCACUGGUGAUUACAAAUCAACACUCAACCCACAGCUGAUCGUCGAUGAACAUCCAAUAUCCAAAGCAGAAGAUAUUUUCAAUAAGGUACGUGGAGCAAAAGUUUUUUGUCGAUUGGAUAUAACAGAUGCAUUUAUGAGUUUGCCGUGCAGUGAAGAAUUUUCUGAAGCGAUGACAUUAAAUACACCUACUCAUGGACUUAUUCAACCAACAAGGGCACAGUAUGGUGUUGCAAGUAUACCAGCUGUAUGGCAUCGUAGGACACAAGAAAUCACACAUGGUCUUAAAAAUACAAUCAACUUCUUCGAUGAUUUCCUGGUUUUUGCUGAUACUGUUGACGAGCUUUUGAUAGCUUUGGAAGCUACAUUCGUGAGAUUGCAUCAAUUUGGACUCAAACUACGACGUUCAAAAUGUGCUUUCCUCAUGGAAUCUGUCGAUUUCUUAGGACAUCGUAUCGAUGGCGCAGGGAUUCACAAACUGGACAAGCAUGUUUCCGCAAUACGAGACGCCCCCCAGCCUACAACAGCAGCAGAACUUCAAACUUUUCUAGGUAAGAUUACUUAUUACCAUUCAUUUAUACCAAAUUUGUCUACGAUUUCUGCACCUCUUCGCGAAAUGAUUAAGCAACGUAAAUUCUACUGGACUUCAGAAGGGAGAAAAGCAUUCGAAUUUUUAAAAAAAGAACUUGUUUCUGAUAAUGUUCUGAUUUCGUAUCAUCCCAACUUGCCUCUUUUACUUGCUGUUGAUGCUAGUCCUGUUGGUUUGGGUGCAGUGCUAUCCCACAGAAUGCCAGAUGGUCGUGAGCGCCCAAUUGCAUACGCUAGCAAAUCAUUGAAUUCAACCGAACGUGCCUACCCACAAAUAGACAGAGAGGCUCUAGCUAUUGUGUGGGGAGUGAAAAAAUUUUUCCAAUACCUUUACGGAAGGAAAUUUAUAAUUAUCACAGAUAAUAAACCUGUUUCUUAUAUAUUUGCCCCAAAUGCAUUGCUUCCCAAAUUUACUUUGUCCAGAUGUUCUAACUAUGCUAGCUACCUUACAAACUUUAACUAUGAAAUUCAAUUAAAAACAUCAAAUGCAAAUGCGAAUGCCGACUACCUAUCCCGUGCCAUCUCCAUCCAAGAAUCAAAUACUGUGGAAGCUGUCAAUCUCAUUUCCUCGCCAGACAAUGAUGAUUUCGAUCAGUUUGUGCUACAGCAAAUACGUCAGAUACCAGUCACCGCCGAUGACAUAGCUUCCGAGACAAGGAAGGAUACCGAACUAUCUCCAAUGCUUUCUGCUAUUCAGGAUGGGAGAAGUCUAUCAUCACUUGGUUACACUGGCAACCAGCUUAAUUACACUCAAUCUUGCGGAUGCCUUCUACUUGGACACAGGGUAGUUAUUCCUAAGAAAUUCCGUCAUACACUUCUUGAAGAGCUUCAUACUGCCCACAUCGGAAUCACAAAAAUGAAAGGUAUUGCUAGAUCCCUAAUUUACUGGCCUUCUAUAGAUCAAGAUAUAGAGAAACUAGCAAAAUCAUGUUCCGAAUGCCUUAAACACGCCAAAUUGCCACCGAAAUACAACACUCAUCACUGGGAGUAUCCAUCCACUUCUUGGGAGAGGGUUCAUAUCGAUUAUGCUGGCCCAGUGCAGGGUAAAUACUUGCUUAUCAUAGUCGACUCUUAUUCCAAAUGGACUCAAGUGAAACUAACUACAUCUAUUACUGCCGAAGCCACUUGUAAAAUACUAGAAGAAGUCUUCUCAACGUUUGGGGUUCCUACUACCAUAGUUUCGGACAACGGUCCUCAAUUUUGUUCGGAGACAUUUCAAGAGUUCUUGAAAAUACAAGGCGUACGCUUCCACAAGCGAACGGCACCCUAUCAUCCUUCGACCAACGGCCAAGCUGAGAGAUAUGUGCAAACUGUUAAAAGAUCUCUUUUACUAUCUGGAGCAAAUUCAACUAACCUUCAACAUUGCAUCAACAAAUUUCUUAUUCAAUUCCAUAAAGCACCUCAUCAGACGACUGGACAACCUCCAUCAUUACUCUUUUUGGGUCGAGUAAUAAGAUCACGUUUAGACUGUUUACGACCGGAACUAAAACUUAAAGUCUUAGGAAAGCAGCAACCUGAAAAUCUUCAUGAACCAAGAUCUUUCGAACCAAAUCAACAAGUGAUGUUCCGUUCAUAUAGUUCUUCAAAUUCUCCUUGGUUACCGGGUACGAUAGUUACUAAACUUGGAAGCCUACACUAUGAAGUUGAAUACAAGGGAGUUCGACAUAAAAGACACAUCGACCAGCUCAAAGAAUAUACUUCAACAAUUCGAAAUUCAAAUCCAGAUGUUAAUUUAGAAAGGCGAGUUAGUUUCUACGAAGAUUCGACAAGUCCAGAUCCAGCUCCAGUGCCAUCUACUCCACCUGCAGUCACAAUUAGUCAACAGCCAAGACAAAUACGAAACAUACAGGCAAGGUCUCCAACAGUCAUACCUCGAUGUUCCGGAAGAAUUCGAAGAGGCCCAUUGAGAUACUCACCCUAAGACGUUUAACGAGUGGGGAGAUUGUUACAUAUUUAUAGUACAUAUACAUGUACGUCACUGAUCACCCGAUCACUUACAUAUAUAUAUUACUACCUAUGUGUACAUACCGCCUUAUAUUUCUGACGUUUUGUCAUUACAUUUUCAGUUCUCGAACAAGUCAGACCAAGUAAAAAUUAAUCUAAUACCUAUUGUACUUUAUUUCUAUUAUAAGUUUAGUUUUCAAAUAAAGUGAAUUAAGCACAA